AUGCAACUUACAAGCAUCAACUCCCUCCUUUCCUGGGGCAAUAUCGACCCCGAACUGGACCUCGUUUGUCUCCCCUCCAUCCAAAACCCUCCACCCCCCAGCAACCACCCACUCCAACAGCCCACUAUACACAAGAAAAAGUCAGAGACAACUAACUACCCACAGUAUCUCCAAGCCAACCCGGUUGUCAAAUCCAACUAUGUCAACACUCCAAUCAUGCAGCUGCGCGCGCAGGCUGAGAAACUCGAAACAGCGUCUUUCAACGCCCUGCCGUCGCUUGGGAUCAACGAGACCGUAAUCAAGAUCCCUAUGAGCGAUGGCACCGAAAGCAUGAUUCGAAUCUGUAGACCCGCUAAGGAUACCAACGUUGCCUCGACCUCGACCUCGAAAGAAGAUGAAAAUGCACAGCAUGAUACAGAUUCAGACCGCUCAGAACAAGAACUCACCCCCCUAAUCGCCCUCUUCCACGGCGGCGGUUUCGUCGUCGGCUCAAACCUCCAAAUGGCCAUCUUCGCGCGCGUCUUCGCAACCCUCUACAAGGUAACCGUGGCAUCGAUGAGCUACCGCCUCGCCCCCGAACACCCCUUCCCAACCGCCCAAAACGACGCAUGGGACGGAAUCCGCUGGCUCAGCUCCCCCACCAACGCCGCCCUGCUCGGCGCAAACCUCACUCUCGGCUUCAUCGUGGGCGGCGUCUCCGCCGGCGGAAACCUCGCGAUCUCAGUAACCCACCGAUCAAUUCUUAGCCCGCUCGCGUCGCCCAUAACCGGCCUCUGGACUGCGAUCCCGCCCACAACCAACGAAAACGGCUCCUCCAUCCCCGAAGAAGCCCUUAGCUCUUGGAUCUCACGAGCCCAGAACGCAGACGCGCCCUGCCUCUCCUUCCAGGAUCUCGUCUAUCUCCAGAGCCUACUGCACGUGGACCCCAUGAGCGGGGUCUAUUCGCCGUUCAUGGACCUAUGCACAUUCCCCGCGCUACCAGCGCUCUAUGUCCAAGUUGCAGGGAUGGAUCCGCUCCGUGACGACGGGCUUGUGUAUGAGGCUGUGGCGAGGGAGAUGGGGGCGCAGACGAGGGUAGAUGUCUACGGGGGCAUGCCCCAUGGAUUCUUUUAUUAUUUCCCGCGCCUGAAGCAGUCGGUGCGGUUUUUGGUGGAUGUGGUGAGGAAUAUGGGGUGGUUGUUAGGGAGGGAGGGGGAGAUGGAUGAGGAGAGGGUGGUGGGGGUUCUUGGGAAGAUGGGGAGCGGUGGGGGGUCUUCUUGA